CUGUGUGUAUUUGGGUGCCAACGCCAUGGUGCUGGACGUGGCUCUCGUGGCCGCGAAGAACGGGGACGUGCCGGCGCUGGAGGAGUUGCACGGUCGGGGGCUGAUCCAUCCCGGUAUCACCGACCACCUGGGCGCGUCCCCCGCCCACCACGCCGCCCGGGCGGGCAGGCUGUGCGCCCUGAAGUUCCUGGUGGAGGUGGCCAAGCUUCCCGGGAACCAGCGGGCGAAGAACGGGGCCACCCCGGCGCACGACGCAGCGGCGACCGGCAACUUGGUGUGUCUGCAGUGGCUACUCAGCUGUGGGGGGUGUCAGCUCCAGGAUAAGGACAGUUCAGGAGCGACGGUGUUACACUUGUCAGCGCGCUUCGGGCACCAAGACAUCACCGAGUGGCUCCUGAAAGACGAGGCCGUUGAGCCCACGGUUGCCACGGACACCGGAGCUCUUCCUGUCCACUACGCCACGGCCAAAGGUGACCUGCAAAGCCUCCGAUUGCUGCUCCGACACAGUCCCACAGUUGUAAAUACACAGACGAAAAAUGGUGCCACACCCCUGUAUUUGGCCUGUCAGGAGGGUCACCUGGAGGUUGUCCAGGCCCUGGUGAAGGAAUGCGGAGCGAACUCCCAGAUUCGAGCCAACGAUGGGAUGACUGCCCUUCACUCUGCGGCACAAAUGGGGCACAACAUGGUCAUCGUGUGGCUGGUGAGCUUCACAGCUAUUAGCCUUUCGGACCAGGAUGACGAAGGGGCCACAGCUAUGCACUUUGCUGCCAGUAGGGGGCAUGCUAAGGUCCUCAGCUGGUUACUGCUGCACGGAGGUGAAAUUGCCAUAGACAACUGGGGCGGGUCACCCCUACACGACGCUGCUGAGAAUGGGGAACUCGAGUGUUGCCAGAUCUUGGUGGUCAAUGGGGUUGACCUGGGUGUCCGUGACCUUGACGGCUACACAGCGGCUGACCUUGCUGAAUACAAUGGACACAGCCAAUGUGCGAAGUACCUGAGGACCGUGGAGAACAUGAGCGUGGAACAUCGGGUCUUAUCCCGGGAUCCCUCGGCGGAUCUUGAGUACAAACAGCCGGAUUCGGGCAUGUCGUCGCCCAACACCACGAUGUCCUUACAGCAGCAGGCUCGCUACGACAUCAGGUCACCCUCCAGCACGCUUUCCAACUACGAAUCCUGUAACUCGAGCCAGUCGAGCACCGGAGAGAAGAGGAACAGCCAGCACGCACAGGGCCCAGGCGUCAACGAGACAGCUAUCUCGGACAUGCAGGAGUACAUGGACAUGUUGAACCCAGAGACGGGACCUAGGAGGCAUAAAGCAGAGAACACGCCUCCUCCGCCGGCCCCCAGUUUCCCCCCACCUCUGCCCCCGACACCAGUGAACUCUGAGCCCCCCCCUCCGCCCGGCUAUCCAGCGCCAAACCCCCCCGAGGUCCAGCCUUCCGGAGAGAUGUACAUGCAGGUCAAAAGCAACCUCCGACGUGUAGAUAAUGAUGUCUCAAAAAGAUACGAGUUAAACCCUAAUGAAAUAAAUCCAGAUAGAUUGCGGAGGGUAGACUCAAGUCGGAAGUCAAGGAGUUUCGACAAACAACCCAGUACAGGAGAUUAUUACAAGUGUCUUGGAAGCGACACAGUGGAUAUCAGUGAGAUGGCACCGAAUGAGGAGGGCACACCCGAGGAAGUGGUGAGGAACGGCACUGUUCCCAGGACCCAACCGACCAACGAGAUGCCCCCGCCACCUCCCCCUCCCCCACUCCCCGAAGCCUCGUCAACUGCUCCCCCGCCUCCGCCUCCCCCUCCCCCUCCGUUGCCAACAGAGAGUGUGCAACCCAGCAACAGCCAACGCAGGCCUUCUUCAUCUGCUGGAAGCACAAAGUCGUUCAACAUGAUGUCACCCACUGGAGACAACUCGGAAUUACUGGCUGAGAUCAAAGCUGGCAGAAACCUCAAGCCAACUCCUCAGAACAAGGGCUAUACCACUGUGUUCACUGGCACUGGCACUGGACCUGGACAAAUGCCCGAGCACCCCGCGGACAAGCCGCAGGCCGCCAGCCCCACCGAGCCGAUCGUGAACGGCAACGCCACCGCAGCGGCUCAGACCACAGUCGCCGAUGUGGAGUCCCUCGUCCCCACUCACGACGAGCAGGGCAGGCCCAUCCCCGAGUGGAAGCGGCAGGUGAUGGUGAGGAAGCUCCAGGUCAAAAUCCAGGAGGAAGAACAACAGAAACGCAAGGAAACCGAGGAAGCAGCUCGCUUAGCAAGCCUUCCCGCCUGGAGAAGGGAAAUAGUCAAAAAGAAAAUGGACGAGGAAAGGGAGCAAAGGAGGAAAGAGGAAGAGAGACUGAAGAAUGCAGAGGAGGAGAAGGAAAGGCAGCAAACGGAGAAGCUUCGGACCCUGGGCUACGAUGAAGCCAAACUGGCCCCUUGGCAACGGCAGCUCAUCCUGAAGAAAGGCGACAUAGCGAAGGAAUAAGAACCCUCUCAAAGCAUUCCUCUAUCCCUGGUGUAGGGUGAUCUGUGCUGUUCAAUAGACAGUUUAAUUCAAAGGCUGAUUACACCACUAAAACUCAUAACCCGCAAUGUCUUUCCUCCUCUUCGCAGUUUCUAUGGAACUCAUAAAAUGCCAAUGCUCCCAAUUUUGGGAAGAUAUCAACUUGUGUGUCCACAUUUGCACACAAUUCCUGUUCCUCCACUUUCUGAGCAUCAAUGAUAAUCUCGGGGUGGACUGAAUGCACUCCCAGCCCCUCACUAACAUGAUGCAGUUUUUUUUUGAACACAAAUCUUCCCGCAUCCCAAGUCUAUGAUAGAAAAUCACAAUGUCACUUGCGAUACAUCUUUUCAUUAUUUUCGUCCACAGAAUACACUUUCAAUUCAUUUUACAGUACAUCCCGUGAAGCGCUUUGAGACGUCUCGCUGAUAUUGAUAAGGCGCUGGAUCAAAUGCAAGGAUUAUUGUUAUUGUUAUUAUUAUUAUAAUACAGGGGAGCGUUGAUUAAAUCCUUCCAAUUGACCCGUAUCACAUUUCCCAGAGUAAAACAUACAGUUGUAAGACAAUGUAAACUGGAAAUCCUAGCCUCCCUCAUCUUCCCUUUUCUCAGUUUUAUUAUUUUGUGUUAUUUUUUUUUAAAAAAUGGCUGGAAUCGCAACACCAUGCAAAUGCUCGUUACCUCAAGGAGAGGAGAUCCAACAUAAGCAUUCAAAACGUCACUGAACAGCACAGCUUUGCCGCUCUGUUAGGCUUCUCAACUGCAGUCGCUCACCGGAAAUUGCUCGUCUCUGAGCAGAAAACGGCGCAACACACACAUAAAUCAAAUUCAGAUUCAAACACAAUAUGUCCCCUGAAUGUUGUACAUAUUUCAAUAAACACCCACUGCUUUUUUUUUUCUACGUGGAGUCUACAUCUGUCGCUUUAGCUAUCAGUCUGUCUACAGGGACGUGCUUUAGGAUGUACACAUUUGCAAGACUAUUGUAAAGAAAUGCUUGUGAUUAUUUACACACAGCUCACGGAAUAUGAUUAUAUAUAUUUUCUUGGAUGCCAUAACGAUGUAACAGAAAGCAGAGGUCAGGCUUUAUUUGCCACGAGUUCCUUUCCGUAGAUUAGCACUUUAUUAAAAGCAUCUGAAAACUUUUACAUCUUUUUUUGGGGGGGGUGGUGGGGUGGGGAACGGGCAGGCGACCCUGUACAAUUAGUAAUCUCAGCGGCUAUCCUGUACCAUCUUGACCAUUUAAUAAACCACGUAAAAAAAA